CUCGUGCGGAUCUAGUGUCGGCUAGGUUGAGUCAAGUCGUUUCGUACUCACGAACGUCUCUCAUUCAUCGUGCCGGAUCUCAGACUUGGGUCGAAUUACCGACGAGGACCUGCGAAGUCCUGCAAGUCCUGCAAGUCGUGCAAACAGGUGGAUUUACGUCCCCGAUAAGUUCGCUCGCUUUGGUAAUCGCGUGGAUUCAACCUCACGAGAGAAAUCGCACAAGUGCGACGAAAUACAACGUGUCUCACUAAAUGUUGACAAUUUUGUAAAUAAAUCACCACAUACUUUUUGCACAUUUUCGAUCUUUCAUCCCGACGAACUUUUUCAGCAACGACAUUGCUGAUAUAUACGCGGAUAUAAACUCCGACUCUCUCAGAGAUAUCUGACGGUGAUUAACACAACGGCGAGCUAACGUCGAGUGUAUAAACUUUCACGUAAAAAGAAAAUAAUGACUAGUCCAAUUGGAAUCUUGUAAUAUGCUUUCUUAGCGAAGAAAAGAGAGAUUAGUAAAGGUCCGAGGAAACAUUGCUAAAAAAAAAAAAAAAAAAAAAAAUACCACGAGAAUAAAUUAUUCCUCGGCAAAUGUGCUAAGAGACUGUGUUGUUGAUAAUUUACAACACGACGAGAGCUCGGCGAAUUUAAUUCGCGCGAUAUUUUUUUGCGAUAAAUUUUAUAUUCGAUCAAUAAAAGGAGAAAUCUCUGAGCAUUAUGAGGCCACCUCAAACCGAAGAUGUGCAACAAGUCUCGCAGGAGCAAGGUGAGAGAAACGUCGCGAUGGCAGUCUGCGUGCAAUUAGCUGGACGAGCGAUCAUCAGAGUGGUUUCGCGAUGCGAGGAAGCCCAAGAUAACUGCAAUCUAGAUCUGUCGGAAUGCCAGCUCAUGCAGAUUCCAGACGCGGUCUAUCAUUUAAUGCGACAUACGGAGUUGAAAAGAUGCGAUCUCUCCGGGAAUGUGAUCACGAAGAUCCCGCCGAAAUUUGCCGUGAAAUUCUCGUUAAUCACCGAGCUGAAUCUAAGCCACAAUCAAAUGAGCAAGCUACCUGAGGAACUGGCCGAGUUGCAAGCUCUGGAGAGACUCGACAUCUCGCACAACACCUUCAUCGCUCUGCCACUUGUCGCCUGUCAGAUACCGCAGCUCAAACGGCUCCUCGCCAACAACAAUUUUAUCAUUGACGUCAACGUCGAGAAACUCAGACAAGCACCCGCCUUGGAAUUCGUCGAUCUCCAAUCGAAUCCGUUGCCGAGCAGAGUGCACGAGCUUCUGAGCAAUUUGACAGGCAUUAGGAUCGAGCUCAGUCCUCGGCAGGUCGAAGACUGGGAGAACUUGUACGUUUGAACCGUCCCCGCCUGGGGCGAGAGCCCAUCUCGCGGAAGACUCGACGUGUCUUCUCGACGAAGAUUGCUCAAGACUUCAUCAAUUAGAAGUAGACUCGACGCGUUUUGUACAGUGAUAACGCAGACUGUGUGAUAACGAGUAACACGCGAAUUGUCACGGGAUCGGUCCGGGAUCUUUUUUUUUUUUAUUUUUUUUUUCUCUUGUAAAAAUGUCACUCUAACGAAUCGUAUUUGAAUACUGCGGAUCAGCUGUCGAUUUCGACGGGAUCGAUCCCUCGUUUCGUUUUCUUAGGUUUUCUAACACAAGACGAGCCAUGAGCAAUGUAAUUGUGAUAUUUAAAUACUUAAUCCAAGGAUAUAAUUAAUCAUACAGUUAACAAUUUUUAGAUCAAAGCAUUUGGAUCCUCGAGUCGUUGAGUUAAAUCGUUCUUAAACAAUUAAUUCUUUUUCUCAAGAAUACUUGUAAAGUAUUAUCGACUCAAAACGUUUAUUUCACAUCUAAAAUAUGAUCCGACUCUGUUUCAGAACUCAAAAGACAAAAAAACUUCACGCGAACAAUGCUUUUUGAAAAUUAUUUUCUAAAAUUGUUGAGGCUGCGAAAUGUAUGUAUUAUGUCGUUCGUCAAAACAAGUGCAAGUUACAUUUAAAGAAUUUUUGUAAUAUAAUUCAUGUGUCCGGUAAUGCUACGGACGGUUUAUGGACUGCCGAUUUACGUAUACGUACAUCGUAUAGUAGUGCAAUUUUAACACUUAAAAGAGUAACAAAUGACAAGUCCAUUAAGUAGUUGAACAACCGUUCAAACACAGGGUGUCCCGUAAAGAAUCAUAAAUUGCAAAUGCAACGUUACAAAUGUUAACGCAAAACUAUACGCAUUUUGCGUAUGUAACGUAAAAUCUAACGUUGAAAUAAUUAUUAUAAUUGUAAAUUUGUUUUAGCUUCUUCUGUACCUUUUUGCUCUAGUCAAAUAUCCUCGGGCAUAUACAGAAGUUUACAGAGGUUUAUUUGUUGAUCCUCUGAAAAUUUGCGAAUCGUUACAUUCACACAACGAACAUUAAGAUAAUAAUUUCAUUUUAAGUCGUUUUAUCCUUCGAUAUAGUUUCCUAUAAUUUUAUAUUAGAAAGCGUUUAAUUUAUGGAUCAAUAGCGUCUGUAAAUCUCUAGUUAUAUGCUCUUGGAUUCUUAAAAAUUUGAAUACGAGACAUUACAGUACAGCAGCACGAAAACUACGAGAGCGCGCAUUUGUAUGAAAUCGAAUUUGUAUCUCUGUUCCUAGUCUAAUGCAUCCUAGUUACGUAUCGCAAAUUGUGUUCUAAGUCAUUAUCGUAUUUUGGUGAUACAACACACACGAGAGAGAGCUCGCGUUAUACGAGCACAAGACAAAAAAAAUUAUUGACAAAUUAACUCGGACAUUUAUAAAUUUGUUUUCGAUGUGCUUCGUCACACGAAGUCAAAUGUAUCGAUAUACAAUAUUGUACAUAUUCUAUUACCAACAUGUAUUGUUCAAAAUUGUGUACUGGUACAAUCUAUAUUGUAAUAAUACAUAUCUUUGACAAUAAGUGAAAGCUGUGCAACAUUUUGAAGACAAAUAAAAAAAAAAAAAAACCCCAGGCACUUUCAGCCGCUUAUAAAAUUGUUCUGUAUUGCGAAAAUUCAUAUUAUUUCUCUCUUCUGACGUCACACAUCAAUGUGACUGAAUGAUUAUC